AUGCCGCGUGGCUUGCUCAUCCUAAUUGAAGGGCUUGAUCGAACCGGGAAAAGUACACAGGCUGCGAAACUCGUUGAAAGUCUCAAUAACGAUGCCCGUCUGGUCAAGUUUCCAGAUCGUACCACGCCAGUAGGUCAAUUGAUCAACCAAUACCUAGUAGAUUCCGGAACGCGACUGGCAGACCAAGCCAUUCAUCUUCUGUUUUCUGCAAACAGAUGGGAAGUUGCUGAGUCUAUAAAAGCCACCUUGCUGGAAGGCAGAACCGUUGUGAUGGAUCGCUAUGUAUAUUCGGGAAUAGCUUAUUCUGCGGCCAAACGCGUACCUGGGAUGGGUUUGGAAUGGUGCGUCCAGCCGGACAAAGGACUUUUGAAACCAGAUCUGACCUUUUUUCUUUCCAACAGCGAAAACGAGCAGCGCCAAGGUUUCGGGGACGAACGCUACGAGUCCUCGAACUUCCAAAGUAAGGUUCGUCAAGAGUUCGAAGCCAUAUUUGACACUUUUGAGAGCCCACUCUACAAGGAAAAGCAUAUGGUGUUUCUCAAUACUACUGGCAAGACCAUAGACGAAGUGCACGGCAUGUUCGAUUCAGCUCUCAAGAGUUUUAUCCAAAACAAUAACGAUAUUAACGAGUUUAUGUACUUUUAA